AUGCUAACAGCUUUGCUAAACCUGUUGUUGAUAACAUGUGCUGAAGUUAAAGGAGAUGACAUUAACAGCAGAUGGCUAAAACCUUUCUCAAAACUUUCAGGCGCAAAAGAAAUAGGUGAAGAACCAGCCCCAGUACCAUUUUCUUUUAUGGUAUUUCCAUCGGGUGGAAAAACCGAGACUGGCUUAGAUUUAGAGCUUCUUACCAAAAAUGCAGCUGUAGAAGCAAAUAGGCUUAAAGCAGCAUCAGCAAAUGAUGGAAUAGAUCAAUCUGUGGAUGGAUCACUCAAGUUAGAGCUCACAAAUGGAUUAUCUCGUCCGUUUACGCAAAAUUCACUUGCGCAGCAACUUGGAGCAGUCAUACCUCAGGAAGUUCCGUACUUACCAUUCCCUUCUCCAAUUUCUCGAUUUUCUACUGUUCAGUACCCUAAUAUCUACAAACCGAUGCUUCUCACUCGUCCAGGUUUACCGCCUCUUCAAACAUUUAACGCAUUGGCUAAACAACCCUUCAGUCAUCAAUUUAUGCCAAAUAAUUAUGAACAGAAUGAAAAGACAGAAGAAUUGGUGCCUUUUCGCAAAGAACCAAGAGUUUCUGUGAUUGAAGCAACUCGUAAUGAAAGGUUUUUGCGAAAUGAUAGCGAUGAAAGUAAUCCGUUACUCAGCAAUAAUUACUACUAUUAUGGACCUGAAUUUUAUGGUGCGAUGAUGCGAUUACCAUUUAAUUACAAUAAUAACCACCGAUGGUGGCCAUGGUCGAGAUUAGGUACAGGUGCCAUCACUGACUGGAGAAAUAAUUUUCGUAUGGUAAAUCUACCGGUCAGAUCGUAUCCAUACCGUUAUAAUGACUAUGGUGUGAAUGGAGAAAAAACGCUGACACGGCUAAAUGCAGUUGAUUUCAACGAGAAUAACAACUACUCACGCAUACAAUAA